AGAAGGCAUAUCCAGCAGGUAAGGAUGCGUGUAGUCGUUUUGAUGAUGCUGGUGCCUAUACUGGUGAGCGCUGGUUCAGAAUGCAAGGCUAGCUGUCGCCUUGCCAACAUCUCCAUCACCGUGGAGAGUGAAGAAUGCAGGAGCUGCAUCACCAUCAACACCACGUCAUGUGCUGGCCUCUGCCAGACACAGGAGAGAGCUUACCGCAGCCCGAUGGCACCAUAUGUCCAGAACACCUGCAACUUCAGGGAGUGGACGUAUGAGACCAUCCAGCUGCCGGGCUGCCCGGCAGGGGUGGACUCGUCCUUCACUUACCCUGUCGCCCUGAGCUGUGAGUGCAUCCAGUGCAACACGGACAGCACGGACUGUGGAGCACUCAGCAUGCAGCCCAGCAGCUGUCACACGUUCUCCCACUACUGAAGCACCAGAACCACCUCAUCGCAAAGCCACCGCAUAGAUCCGGACAACUUAUGGCCUUUUGCUGUUUAAGCUGCUUAGUUACUGUUGCUAUCCAUUAUAUUAGUAAUCAAAUAAUGUACAGAGUUUACUAGAUAGGUUUACUACCCAUCCGUUUUUAAACAAAGCCAAACAAUAACAGAUUUACCUGAUCAAUAAACAAUAUACAGAUGAAAAAAGAUAAACUAGGAAGCCUUCGAAAGUUUGAAAACCUCCCAGUGAAAUUACAUUUUUGUUUCUAAGCGAAAACAAGUUAACACAUCCUCUAUUGAGAACAAAAUUAAAUACGUUUUUCUGAAAUUUUCUGAAAUUUCAUGACAAAUGAACCAAUAGAAACGCUCCAAAACAACUCUAAAUCUUAUUACUUUAAUUUGCACUGAGACUUUGUUUUCGCUUUAGUUCUUUUGUUCUCCUUCCGCAACAAUGAAAACGCUUUGUGGCAAAGAACAAAAUGCAUGUACAGUGGGGACCAAAAGUCUGACAGCAAUGAAAAUCUGAUUUUUUUAAAACCUAGAAAUAAACAAAAAUGUGCAUGAUUUUGAAAUAUUGCAAACAAAGAAAAGUAAAAUGAAGAAAUACAAAAGAUUCAGGACUAUUUCUAGAUCGCCAUCAAAAUUUAAGCAAAUCUGUAUCACAAUGGUUAGACCUUUAUACAAAUUUUCUGUCUUUCUUCUUUCCCUUGGAUUUGAUCUACUCAUCAGAGGCUUUCUAACAAACUUGUCCAGCUCGAGUGCACACGGUCACUGAAGCUAAAAAAGGGACACACUAAAUACGAAGAACUUUUGAAAUCCAGGUAUAUGUUUCAAAGACUUUUCAAAUUAUUGUUAAUGUGGUUUGUAAUGAAAAUUUUUUGUAUUCAAUUAGACAAGAAUGGAAAAAUUAUCACUAGUUCUCUCAGACUUUUGCUUCCCACUAUAAAUGGGUGAGAGUGGGUUACUACUCGAGAUUCACUGAUAACGUAAAAGUAAUUAAGUAAUAUAUACAUUUGGGUCAAAUAAUGUCUUUUGCUGAUGUAUAACAUCCUCUACAGGAACCCACCUCUAUACAUUUUGAGCAUAAUGACCAUUUGCUGCAUCCAACAUACUGGGGAAAAAAAUAAAACCUAAAAAAAUGUGCAAAAGUUUUGGCACUAUAUUUUAUUUUUCCUCCCAAUUUCCAUUUGACCCAGGGUGCCAAAACAUUUGCACAAGACUCUGAGGUAAUCAAAGUUAUCAUUAAGCCCAUCACAGCACUACUUAAAAUUUUCUGUAAGAAUUUUUGCAUGAGCCUGCGCAUUAGCUAUUCACAGAAUAACAAAAUGCCUCAUUAUAAUGCUGUUCACUCAAUACCUCACCAAAAAAAAACAUGUAUAUCAUUAAAACAGUAGCGACCUUUUUGAUACUUUAACUGCAAACUAGAUACAGGUGGUCUUGCUUAUGUUCUCUUUCUGGAAUGUUCCUGUCAUGCCUGCGCUGACCCUGCUCAUUAUGGAGGGCAUGGUGGGCCUGUUGCUUGGCAUCACCUAAGCAUGUAAACAGUGCAUCAUUAAAACAGCUCAUAUGCAGCAUUA